UUGAAGAUUUGGCGAGAUUAUACCGAAUUUCAUCAGGCUUGGUGAGCAUCCAGAUGGAUUGAGGAUUGGCUAAUUCUGUACGAGAAGCACGCUACGAAAAAUCGUGCAUAUUAUCGAACUCUACUUGCGAACGUGGCAGAAGAGAGAUUGCGAUACGUAUUCAGUACUCCGUACGCUACGAAUCGAGGCAACAGUUAUCAGACAACAAAAAGUAUCUAAAAUUGGGUCAUAAGACGUUUUUUCUACUUGAAAGGCGACUUAAAGACGCCUUUUGUCACCAUUUUAGACUUUGUGUUGUUUGGGGUUAGAGUUACGACAUGAGCACUCAACAGAGCCCAGCCGCCCUCCAAUCUACCGUUGAUCGUGAGAAGGUAUACUCAUGGAUAAUCGAACUAUCAAAUCCAGAGACAAGGGAGAAUGCUCUUCUGGAGCUAAGCAAGAAGCGUGAAGUAGUGCCCGAUUUGGCACCAAUGUUGUGGCAUUCGUUUGGCACUACAGCCUCUCUUCUUCAGGAGAUCAUUAACAUUUAUCCAGCGAUCAAUCCCGCGACUCUCACCGCUUAUCAGAGUAAUCGGGUUUGCAACGCCUUGGCAUUACUGCAAUGCGUAGCCAGUCAUCCAGAAACGAGAUCUGCAUUUUUACAGGCACAUGUUCCAUUGUUUUUGUAUCCGUUUCUGCAUACUGUAAGCAAGACACGUCCAUUUGAAUACCUUCGCUUAACAAGUCUUGGUGUGAUUGGUGCACUAGUCAAAACUGAUGAGCAAGAAGUUAUCACCUUCCUUCUUACUACCGAGAUUAUCCCGCUUUGUUUACGAAUUAUGGAGAGCGGCUCGGAAUUGAGUAAGACUGUGGCAACAUUUAUAUUGCAAAAAAUACUGUUAGAUGACAGUGGCUUGUCUUAUAUCUGUCAGACCUAUGAUAGAUUCAGUCAUGUUGCCAUGAUAUUAGGAAAAAUGGUUCUAUCCUUAGCCAAAGAUCCUUCUGCAAGAUUGCUUAAACAUGUAGUACGGUGUUACUUGAGACUUUCUGACAAUCCGAGAGCACUGUUAGCUCUGAGGCAGUGCUUACCGGACCAGUUGAGAGAUAACACAUUUGCGACAUGUUUGCAAGAAGAUGCUUCAACUAAACAUUGGUUGAACUUGCUUCUUAAGAAUCUUGAGGCUGGUCCGCAACAACCAGGUCCACCGACUCAGCCUGGUCAACAAGAUCCCAGGACGAUUGGUAUGUCGCCGCUUACGUCUUAAAGUAUCCUCUUUUUUUUUUUUAUAUAAUUAUG